ACCAUUGCAGGCAAUGAAGUUACUGUGCAGUCACUGGGGGGGAAAGAUACAUGUUACAUUCCAAGGAGUCGAAAGUGUGUUUGAACUGCACAUUCCAGGAGGAAACCAUGAUACAAAGAAGAAGUGGGUGGGAAAGUUAUCCGCUUCUUUUUCCUUCAGGGAUGUUAUUUUGACCAGUUUCCCUGCCACUCCUCCAUCUCCUCCUCUGUCAUGCUUCCAGCCAGAGUAGGAACAGAAAACUUGGUCUCUGCUCUGAAAUGAUAUACUUUGCUAACCUCUAAGGAGAAGGUGGAGUAAAGGACCCAGAGAAAGAGAGAAGUUUUGCAAAGAAUUCAAGUGAAAUCAUGAGGACAUCUCCGCAGAGUGAUGAAAGCCCAAGAGGGACUGUGCAAAGAUGUCGUCAAAGAAAAUCCCUGUUCCUUUAUGUUCUACUCUUCAGUGCUGUCGUCGGUCUUGUUUUAGUCAUUGUCUUCUCCAUCAUUACACGUAAUCUAGAAAGCUGCAAUACUGCGUCCUGCCUUGUGCUCCUGACUAGAUUGCAGGAGGCUCAGAAUGUCACCAUUGAUCCUUGUGAAGACUUCUUCAGUUAUGCAUGUGGCAACUGGCAGGCUAAUAACACAUGGGACAGUGAUAUACCUUCAGUGAAUGUGUUUGAUGUACUUUUGGAAGAAAAUCAUCUCAUCAUGAAGAAACUUUUAGAGGAACGACAACUUGGGACUAGUGGCUCAGCAAAGGAGAAAGCUGUGCGGUUUUAUACCUCUUGCAUGAGCAUGGAUCAGAUUGAAGCUCAAGGUGCUGAGCCUUUGAAGAAGCUCAUAAAUGAGAUUGGUGGUUGGAAUAUCACCGGUUCCUGGAAACAAACAGAUUUUAACCAAACUCUUCAGAUACUCAUGGAAAAAUACAACACUUUUCCAUUCUUCAAAGUAUAUGUGGGACCCAGUUCAUCUGAUCCAAACACCAAUAUUAUCCAGAUUGACCAUCCAGAAUUUGAGUUGCCACUAGAAUACUCUUUUGAAAGAAAUGUGAAUUAUCCCCAGGUCUUACGUUCAUAUUACUCAUAUUUGAAGAAGCUAGAAGAGUUGAUGGGUGGACAUACAGAUUCUACUUCUACCUAUGUUUCCUUGGCAUUCUCCUUUAUCUCAAAUCUUCAGAAGAUUGUUACUCCCCUGAAGAAACGACAGGAGAAGAGGAUGCUAUUUCACCACACUACCAUCAAGAAGCUACAGGAAAAGGCUCCUGCUAUUGAUUGGCUGUCAUGCCUUCAGGCAGCUUUCCAUCCCGUGCAGCUGAACAUGUCUCAACCAAUUGCUGUGCAUGACAUGGAUUAUUUGAAAGGAAUGUCACAACUUAUUGCGCAGUGGCAAAACCGGAGAGAUGUAUUGCAGACCUACAUGAUACUUUGCCUAAUUGGAAAUCUCUCCCCAGCCCUGGACAGCAAAUUCCAGAAAGCUCGUCAAGAAUUAGCAAACAUACUGGAUAGCAGGACAGGGAACAUGAUAAGAACUGAGCGAUGGAGGAAAUGUUUGAUUGACACUAGCACAUUCUUUGGACCUGUUCUUGGGAAGAUGGUUGUGCAGGAGAUUUUCCCCCAGAAGGCCAAGGAUCUCGCAGAAGAGAUUUUUUCUGAGAUCCGGGAUGCCAUUAACAGCCAUCUGGAUCACGUUAAUUGGAUGGACUCCCGAUCCUGUCAAGAAGCCAAGAAGAAAAUUUAUAGCCUCCAAGUAGAGAUUGGCUAUCCAGAAACCUUGCUCCAAACAAACAAAAUUGAUGAUGAGUACCAAGAGCUGAAGAUUGAUGAGAAUAAUUUUUUCCACAAUGUGGUUGCCUGCCUAAACUCUCUGAAGAAGAGGUUCUUGCUCAGACUUGUCAGUCCCCAUCUGCACGAAAGUUGGGAAGUGCCUCCUUGGUCUGUCCAUUCCUACUAUUCACUGCGGCGCCAUGCUGUAGUAUUUCCUGCUGGGAUGUUUCGUAAUCCUUUCUUCCAUACUGAAUUUCCCAGUGCUGUCAACUUUGGAGUCAUGGGGUUUUUCAUGGCACAUGAACUACUGCACUCCUUGUACGAUUAUGUGUUGCCUGAGAACUGUUCUACUUGUGUCAUGAAUAUACCAGCAGAAGAUAAAGAUUGUCUGGUGAAACAAUAUGGGAACUAUUCCCUGAAGGGCCAUAGCGUCAAUGGCUCCUUCACACUCCUGGAGAAUUUAGCUGACACUGGAGGGAUUGCCAUUGCUUACCAGGCUUAUGAAAACUGGUUUGCAAAGCACAGAGGGGUAACAAAUUUACCUAAGCUUGGACUCUCACACCAUCAACUCUUCUUUGUCAGCUUUGCCCAUGCAAUGUGUGGGCGCCAGAGCCUGGAGAGUCUGAAAGCCUUCUUACACAGGGAUCCUCACAGCCCCCCUCCUCUUCGAGUGCUUGGUUCUUUAAGCAACAGCCAGGAUUUCUCUAGACAUUUCCAAUGUCCAAGCGAGUCGCCAAUGAAUCCAGCUCUUAAGUGCCACUUCUGGUGAGAUGAUCUCAAGGGCACAUGGGACAGUUAAUGCAGAAGACACAGAGAUUGGGGCUUUAAAGUCAGGACUCAAUAUGUUGAUUGUGCUUGCAGCAAGUGUUUGGAGGCUAUAUUCCAUUCCUUCAUGACACAGUGCUUCUUCCCCUACUCUCCAGUUGUCAAUGUGAAAGAAGGUUCCAUCCAUUUAUCAAGAUGGAAAAGAAGAGAAUAUCCUGCACUGUGGAACUUCCCUACCAACUUUUUAAAAGCAUUUUGCAAAAAAAAACAUUUUGUAAUCAGACAAAAGAAAGACUCCAUCUGAGAACUGGAAAAGCGAAACCUGAAGCUCUGAGAUUAGAAACCUGAAUAUUCAAUAUCUGCCAAAGCACACAUAUCACUUAAAAUUCAAUCUGUGAUCAAUGUGAGAAAUUUGUGUUUGGGUUAAACCAAUUCAGAAUGGCUGACCUGCCAUGCAAAACUAAAAAAACAUAAUUGUGCAAGAAAAAGUUAUUCUCUUUCCUUUACAUGAUAAUUUCCUAUUAAUUCAAGAUUUUUUUGUAUAGAGAAUAUAGCUAUCAAAGUCAUAAUUUGGUAUUCUAAAUAUCCCCCGAAUAACCAUAAGUAAAAAUCGUAUUGUUUUUCUUCAUGAUGUAGCCCCUGAAGACAAAGCAAUAAACACAGCUAUGUUUUUGUUUAUAAAACAUAUCACAAUAUAGUUUGUACACUUCCUAGAUUGCAAAAACCACUUCCAAUUAUGAUUUUAGAUUACAAUUUCUAAUUCUGAUUCCCAGCUAUAAAACCAUAGUUUAUUAAUCAGUUGAUGCUUCAGUUCAUGCUGUAAGUUAUGCUUUUUUUAACAUGAAUUAAUCUUAAAUAAAUGUACAUAUUACCAGU